GCUGACGUGAACAACCUGCUGCAGUUCUGCCGGUCUCUCGCCCCCACGAAGGCCGUGAAGCUGAACGACACGGGCAAGAUAGCCUUCAUCGAGUGCGGAGACGACGCGGACGUCAGGGUACCACCCAGCGACGUCGUCCAUCAGAUGCCCCUGGUGGCGCAGCUGUUGCACCAGCUGAUGCGGGUGCGGACGAAGUUUAAGGUCCUGACCGACCAGGGCAUCUGGCACGAGCCCAGCCCGAUCGGGUCUCCAAAUUUCUUGGGCGGCAUGAAGUGGCACGUUAACGGGCAACGGACGAUGGGCAGCCCCUACACCCGCUCGAACAUGGGCUACAUGUGCGAGAUGCGGACCGAGAUCAAGUGCCACUGGGGCGUCUGCUCGUCGCUGCUUGGGCGAGAGGGCCCCGACCAGGUCCGCAUCACCGGCCUCACCAUCCUGCCGCCGCCCGGCACCAUGUCGGGCACCGUCAUGAUCCUGGCAUUCCUCGCUGGGCCCUUCAGGGUCACGUUCCUGGGCGAGGAGGCGGGCUUCAAGGGCGUGCACAUCGUGGCGACCGACGUGCAAGGCGCGCGCCCGAUGGUGCUGUCGUUCGCGCCCGGCUGGUGGACGCCGGAAGACAUGCGCCGCCUCAACGACUUCCGCAUGGCGAUGAACGAGCUGCUGACGUCGCCGGAGCAGGAUUCCGCGGCGGAGGCAACUCGGCGGUACAAGGAGCGGCUUGCCCUGUCCUACGCCGCGGCCUGA